AUGGAACAUGAGAAAGAAGAGUACAUAGAAGAACCAGUUAGUCCUAUUGGACAAUACUUCAAUAGUUCAUCCCUAUGUUUAUAUAUUAUUGCAGUUUUAGAAUUUGAAGUUGCCAUUGAUGAUUUGCAAGCUCUUGCUCUUCUUAAAGAUGUUUUUCUUCCUAUUAGUCCUCGUUUCUCCUCCAUCAUGGUACAAGAAAAAAAUGAGGAUAAAAGAUGGAAGAAAGUUGAUGUGAACUUGAAAGACCAUAUGAAAACACCAAUAUUUUCCAAAGGAAAAUCAUUAGAAUUUUAUGAUAAAUCUUUUCAUGAUUAUUUAUCAACCAUAGCAAUAGAACCAUUACCACAAGGAAAACCAUUAUGGGAAAUUCACAUAGUAAAUUACCCUACAAAAACUUCAUUAGGAAACAUAAUAUUCAAGCUUCACCAUGCACUUGGAGAUGGUUAUUCUCUAAUGGGUGCACUUCUUUCUUGUCUUCAACGCGCUGAUGAUCCGUCUCUUCCUUUAUCUUUUCCGUCACUCAAACCAUCGAAAUCAGACGCUUCGAAUUUAAGUUUUUGGAGAAAAAUGUCUUGGACUAUUUCAUCUAUUUUUAACACCGCGUCGGAUUUUGGGUGGAGUGUAUUGAAGAGUAGCUUUAUUGAUGAUGAUAAAACUCCUAUUCGAUCGGGUAAUGAAGGAGCUGAUUUUCAACCGAUUUCGAUAACAUGUAUUGCAUUCUCGGUUGAUCACAUCAAAGACAUCAAAUCCAAGCUUGGAGUGACUAUGAAUGAUGUAGUGACUGGAAUUAUAUUCUAUGGGACAAGACUAUACAUGCAAGAAAUAGACUCCAAAUCCAACACUUCAAACUCAACAGCAUUGGUAUUAAUGAAUACAAGAAACAUUGAAGGUUACCAAUCAAUAGAAGACAUGCUCAAUACUAAAAAAUCAAAGGGUCCUUGGGGGAAUAGAAUUUCCUUCUUGCAUGUACCAAUACCAAAAUUAAAUGAAACAAGAAUUUCAAACCCUCUAGAGUUUAUUCAUGACACACAUAAUAUAAUCAAUAGGAAAAAACAAUCUUUAGGUUUGGCUCUUACAGGGACACUUUUGGACAUUGAAGGAAAAUUCAGAGGACAAGAGGCAGUAGCUAAACAUAUUAGGAAGACAAUAACAAUGUCAAGUGCAGUGGUUACAAAUUUGGUUGGACCAGUUCAACAAAUGUCUUUAGAUAAACAUCCUAUCAAAGGCUUAUACUUUACAUUGGCAGGUGGUCCUGAGAGUCUUGUGAUUUCAAUAAUGAGCUAUAUGGGAAUGCUAAGAGUAACCCUCAAGACAGAAAGAGAUUUCAUAGAUGAACAGAGAUUGAAGUCAUGCAUGCAAAGUGCAUUUGAGAUGAUAUUCAAAGCAACCAUGGAAAUUGAUUUUGAAACAAAUUAA